CAGGAAUUGUCGGCAUCCCUGUCAUCCGAACCAGGAAAACUCUACCCCUUAAAAUGUGACAUCAUUAAAGAAGCGGAUAUUAAACAAGCCUUCAAGUGGGUUAACGCUAACUUAGGUGGAGUAGAUAUCUUAGUCAACAACGCCGGAGUUGCUAGCGAGAUCAGUCUGAUGGACGGUCCAGUGGACAGCUGGAGAAGUAUACUGGAGCUGAAUGUGUUAGCAUUGAGUGUCUGCACAAAAGAAGCAAUCCAGUCCAUGAAAGAACGCGCAGUAGAUGACGGACAUAUUAUCCACAUGAAUAGUGUUUCAGGUCAUGCACUGCCCCCCUCAAUUUUCCCUAUCUACAUGUACGCUGCUUCCAAACACGCAGUAACAAUAUUAACAGAGGGACUUCGCCGAGAACUGACUGAGCAGAAUUCAAACAUAAGGGUCACUAGCAUAAGUCCGGGUUUGGUGAAGACAGAGAUACUUGAUGCAUCAAGCCGGACAAUCUGCUCAGAGUCGGUUUAUCGUAAUUACGCACACCUGGAGGCCAAGGACAUCGCCGAAGCCGUGUUGUACGUACUGGGAACCCCUCAACACGUUCAGGUUCACGAGUUAAUAAUCAGACGGAACAGAGAGAUUAGUUAAAGAAAGCUCUCAGGGGUGACGCAUGAGCUGUGGAGUGAAAAAUCUGAUUUACACCAUAAAUAAUUAGGAAACUGAUGUAAUGGGCCAGUGACUUACCAAGUCUCUGACUUGUGGUCGCUGCAACGUCUGCUUUUUUAAGUCAUACCAAUACCAUUAAGAGAACUCAGGAAACAUCACUACCCAAAGACAUCUAUCAAUCUACCUACCUACCUACCUACCUACCUAUCUAUCUAUUCAUCCAUCCACACACUGUCCUUUGCUGGACCUUGGCCGCUUUUCAGUUUCUUAAUCCUAUACA